AUGAAGGGUAGUGUAGGUGCAGUGCUUCUGGCAGGUAUAGCCUUGAGAUUGGCCACCACUCUGGUCUUCCCAACAUUGCAACAGACUUUAGAUAAAUCAGUGGAAUUCUCUACUCCCAUAACAUCCUUUAAGUCAUUGAGAGAAGGGAUUUAUCUAUUAAACAACGAUCUUCCUGUAUAUGAUGGUGGUGUAGUACAUCAUUCUCCAAUGCUUUUGGCCAUUCUUUCCAUUUUCAAUGGCUCGGAAUUUUUGGUUUCCUUGUUUUAUACCAUCAUCGAUAGUUUGAUUGCUCUAAAUUUAAUUCAUAUACUAAAUUAUUUCCAAAACUCGAUCAAUUUCAAUAAUCCAACUUGGGCUAUCGGUCUGCUCUAUCUUUUCAAUCCAUUGUCUCUAUUAACAUGCAUUAGCAGAUCAUCGACCAUCUUUAAUAAUUUAUUCAUUUCUUAUUCAAUUUAUUUCGCUUUAAAUAAUAAUUUAUUACUCGCUUCUAUCUUUAUUGCCUUAGCUUCCAAUAUAUCCAUCUAUUCAUUAUUAUUAAUCUUACCAGUAUCAUUUAUUAUACCAAAAAAUUAUUCUUCCACAUAUAGCCCUACCCAUUCUCAUUCAGCUUCAAUUGAUUCAAAUAAGAAAAAAAUUUCAAAUAACAAUAAUGCAAACAAAAUUUCAAAAUUGAAUUGUUCAAGAUUAAGAUUUGCCAUCUUUGCAUUGUUAUCCUUUACGUUAUUAAUUGCUAUAUCAUUUAUAAUUAAUAAUUCAAAUUGGAAUUUCAUUUAUGCAACUUUUUGGAUGGAUUUAUCUUCUUCAAAAAAUUUCCCCAAUUUAGGUCUUUGGUGGUAUUUCUUUAUUGAAAUGUUCGAUUCAUUCAUUCCAUUUUAUAAGACUGUUUUCAAUCUUUUCAUUGUUUCCAUAGUUUUAACUAUUUCAAUAAGAUUCAAUUCCUCUCAACCAUUCUAUUCUUUAAUCCUAUCGAUUGGUUGGAUCACUUUAACAAAACCUUAUCCAACUUUAGGUGAUAUUAGUUUUUUUAUUGGGUUAAUUCCUUUUUUCAAGCCAUUGUUUGGUUAUUUGAAAUACCCAGUAAUCUCAAGCUUAUUGUUUUUACAUGCAAUUUUAUUAUCCCCAAUUUUUUAUCAUAUUUGGAUCGAUGUAGGCUCAGGUAAUAGUAACUUCUUUUAUGCUAUUAAUUUAGUAUAUGCAUUAUCGGUGGCUUUAAUCAUAACUGAAUUCUGUUGGGCAAUGUUACGUUGUGAAUAUGAUAAAGGUAGUCCUAAUUACAAGGCUAAAGUCGCUCAAAUAUAA